CGUUAAUUAUUUAUUGCAAAGUGUCCACUGCGUGAAAUUGAAUUUUAUUCUUUACACAGUAGCCGUUUAAUCUACAUUUCGCAAAAUGACAUACGCAACAGCACGAUCGAUCGCAAUAUUUUUCCUCGUGUUGAGCACCAAACUGCUGACAGAGAGUAUAGGCAUUAACAAUUAUUUCCGACUGAUCAACGACGUCCACAGAUAUUAUCGCACGUCGUGUGUUAUUUUCGUGCGGUCUGGCAAUCACGAUUUGAACACGAUGACAUUGGUGCACACGUGGUCGCGCGAAUUCUCACGACACCGAGUCAUGACCGUGACCAUAACUUUCUCGGACCUGAGGAGUGAGUACAACGAGUACUGGAAGAACGUCACACAGCCGUUGUUUGUCGUUCUCCUCGACACCGAGGAUACCAUGGGCGAGUUCGCUGAGACCACGAGGAUCAUAAAGCCCAUCUCUUUUCCCAUUUGGCUCGUUAUGUUUCUUCAGCGUCCUGGGAAUCCUCUCGAGGAGCGCUGCAGACAUCCUAUCGAUAACGUAUUCAACGUGGACUUCGGCACCCAGAUGCUGGUUCUCUGCUACUCUCGUCCGAUUCUAGUCGAGUGGUACGCCAUUCGCGAUAAUCGCACCAGAACGUUCGACCUGGCCUUGUGGUCCCCCGAUAGAGGUUUACUUUUAAGGACGCGAAAGUCCCUCUACGCUAGGAGGAGCAACAUGUUCGGCAACGUUGUACGCGUAGCGUCCGUGAUCAAUUCGCCGCUGAUCUCGCAUGAGAACGGUACGGUCGGCGGAUUUUUCGGUUUGUUGCUAAUAGAGCUCAGCAAAGUGAUGAACUUCACGGUGGAGAUGCUGGAUCCAGUGGAGGGAUUCGGCAUCUGGAGCAAAGAGAAAAAUGUGUGGACAGGUGCGAUCGGCCAGUUGGUAGCCAACGAAGCCGAUAUCGGCAUCUCCGCAUUCACGAUGACGACUCACAGACAAAACGUCAUCGACUAUACGAUACCAUUGAUACGCUCGAAUUACCGCCUAUAUUUUAAGGAGCCUGACACCUCCUUUGUGCAAUGGUCUUUAUACUUAAAAGCAUUCAGCUUUGGAACUUGGAUAACAUUAUUAAUGAUAAUAAUAACCGCUUCUAUUCUGUUGACUAUCAUGAAGACAAAAGGAUACUUUUCGAUGAACUUAAUGCUCGAGAACUAUAUUAAGGUUUGGGGUAUUUACUGUCAGCAGGGUUUGUCAGAAUUUCCCAGCGAGUCACCGGUGAGACUGGCUUUUCUCUCGAUUUCUACUUCGUCGAUAGUAAUUCUGGCCAUCUAUUCUGGCUCGUUGAUCAGCUUCCUAGCGCUCUGUACGCCCAAACUACCUUUUUCCACUCUGGAGGGUUACGUUAAGGAUGGCUCUUACAAAUUAAUUUUGUUGCGAAAUAGCGCCGAGUACUACGUUCCUACUCACGUCAAGGAUCCCGUUUUCCUGCAAAUGUACGAAUUGUUAGAAGAAAAGUAUUUACCGCUGUCAACGACGGAGGGAUUCGAGAAACUCUGCGAGAAAAACAAGUUAGCGUUUUACACGACGGAGGUAUUUAAAGAGGCUAUUAACAUUUAUAUACGGUGUAGCAUCGUAUAUAUUGAGACCGGAAGAAUCGACAAUUUGGCGAUAACUCUAACGAAAGGAAAUCCUUACACUGGCUUCAUGAAUUACCACUUGCGGAAAUUGCAUCUUAAUGGCGUUAUACACAAAUUAAAGAACAAGUAUGUCAUACGAGAUAAUCAUCCGAGAAAGGUACUUUACGGUUACGUCGAAAUAAGCGAUGUAACGCCAGCUCUGACGAUGGUGGCGGGCAGUAUGGUCCUGGGACUUCUUAUCUUGAUAAUCGAGAAAGUGUAUUAUUCGUUUAAAACUCGAUGCUCUAAGAACAACAAAUUGUCUGUUAAAAAAUUGAGUUAUAAUCUCGGCGUAAGGAAUAAGUUGCGAAAGGGAAACGAGAGAAAUUUAAACCUUUAAGGAUUUUAUAAUACGAGACCGAUUGGA